AUGAGUGUUGACGUGUCUAGCUUGACUAUCCAGGCCGAUUCGGAUUCGUCCUCGGUCCACCUGUUCAGAAACGACUACAUUACUACACCCUUCUCGGGAAAACAGCGCCAGUUCGACGAGGUGCUCGACUUGUUGGAGUCGACAGGCCUCAUUCCAGACACUUUGAUUGAGCUGGAGGCCCGCUGGUUCUACGAUUGCUUGGGAAUUGACGAUGUCUUUUUCGCCCGUGAAUCGCCGCAAGGAAUUGCCUCUCACAUCCACUCGUUAUACUCGUGCAAAGUCCAGGCGUUUGCGUCCGACACCCGUGUGCAAGAGCAGCCAUUGAUCCGCUACAAGCGCGAGGCCGAGGACCAUGCUGUCUUUUUCGACACGCAGAUCCAAGGGGCGCCUCAGGGGCUCCGUUUUGAUGAAUACAUUGACGACAAGUACAUUGAUCCGUCACACGGCGCUGGCGCGUACAGGCUCGAGUACUUUUCCGCUCCGCUCAAUGUCUCCUCAGACCCGAUUUUGGCUGGUGUUGCCGAGAAAUACUCUUCGCCAGAGAGCGCAGCCGUGUUUGCCCGCCAACAGGUACGGUGCCACUUCAUCUACAAGACAAAGUACGUGGAUGAGGCAGCAGACGCCAACGAAACGGAUAUCAACCGUAUUGGUGACGAGACGUUUUUGAAGAUCGUUUCCGCCAACACCAAGGCCGUCUAUUCCGACAUCAUCCGCCGCGUGGUGGCCUCGACAGGUCCGGUGAUUCAGCACUUUGCUGUGGACGACUCGGAUGAGUACCGUGUGGUUAUCGGGUUCCGCCAGAAAACCUCUCCACACUACAACUCGGCCUUGUCAGACUUGGCAGACUACUACAAGCUCCGCACCACUAGAAAAUACGUUGAGCAAUUUUCAAACGGUGUCACUGUGAUCUCCAUGUACAUUCGUGGAACAGAGCUCAGUAAAAAAAACCCUCUCGACUUGCUGAUCUACCAGGUUAUCAAGGAAGCUUCGUUGCUUUACUGUAUCCCACACAACUACUUCCACGACUUGUUCGCACAACGUGAAUUGUCCUUGCAAGAGGCUAUUUACUCGCAGUGUGGUGUCAUUUUCGUGACACACUUCUUGAACAGAUUGGGUCCUGAAUACACCAAAUUGUCGCAGUUGCUCGAUCCUUCGAAGCUGAUCCAGCAUGCUGAGGUGUUGAACUCGUUGAAGAAGCGUUUGCGGGCCGAAACUUACACCCAGGAUUACAUCAAGGAUGUCUUUUCUGUGAAAAAAGAUAUUGUCCGCAAGUUGUACCGCCUGUUCGCCGAUGUUCACUACAUCCGCCUGUCUAUGGAGAAGACUUUGUCUUACCAGAGACUUUCACAAAUCACUCCAGUGGGUUCAGAAGAGGAGUUUGAACAUUUGCUCAGCAGAGAAUGUUCUCAGAAUGAGCAUCACGCCGUGGUUUUGCGUGCGCUCUACAUGUUCAACAAGGCUGUGCUCAAGACGAACUUCUACACCUCUACAAAGGUUGCCAUCUCUUUCAGAUUGAACCCUUCGUUCUUGCCUGUUUCGGAAUACCCAGAAACACCUUUCGGUAUGUUUUUCGUUGUGGGUUCGGAUUUCAGAGGUUUCCACAUUCGUUUCAGAGACAUUGCUCGUGGUGGUAUCCGUAUUGUCCGCUCGCGCUCCGUUGAUGCCUAUAAUGUGAAUGUGCGCAACUUGUUUGAUGAGAACUACAACUUGGCUGCAACGCAACAAAAGAAAAACAAAGACAUUCCCGAGGGUGGCUCUAAAGGUGUUAUCUUGCUUGAUCCAGGUAUGGCUCAAGAGACCCCUAAAGCCUCGUUUGAGAAGUACAUUGACUCCUUGAUCGACUUGUUGCUUAAGCAGCACAUCCCAGGAGCCAAGGAACCAUACGUGGACCUCUACCAGCAACAAGAAAUUCUCUUUUUGGGCCCAGAUGAAGGUACUGCCGGUUACGUUGAUUGGGCUGCUCUUCAUGCUCGCAGUAGAGGUGCUCCAUGGUGGAAGUCCUUCUUUACUGGUAAGAGCCAGCAAAUCGGAGGUAUUCCUCACGACGAGUAUGGUAUGACCACGUUAUCUGUCAGAGCAUAUGUCAACAAGAUUUACGAAAAACUUGGAGUCGACAACGCCACUGUCAGGAAAGUCCAGACUGGUGGUCCUGACGGAGACUUGGGGUCCAACGAAAUCAAGCUCUCUAGAAAUGAGAACUACGUUGGUAUCGUCGACGGUUCUGGUGUCAUUGCCGAUCCUAAUGGCUUGGACAAGCAAGAACUUUUGCGCUUAGCUCAUGAGCGUAAGAUGAUUGACCACUAUGAUCGCAGCAAGCUCUCAAAGGAUGGAUUUGUUGUCUUGGUUGACGAUGUUGAGGUGACGUUGCCAAACGGAAUGGUGGUGACAUCUGGCGUUUCGUUCCGUAACUCUUUCCACGUGAAGCUUAGAGAGAUCUAUGGACCUCAAGGUGUGGACUUGUUUGUUCCUUGCGGAGGUAGACCAGCUGCCAUUGACACCAACAAUGUUCACGAAUUGAUUGACCAAAAGACAGGCAAGAGCAUCAUUCCGUACUUUGUGGAAGGUGCCAAUCUUUUCAUCACGCAAUCGGCCAAGAUUAUUUUGGAGCAAGCGGGAUGCAUUGUGUUCAAAGAUGCGUCUACGAACAAGGGUGGUGUGACCUCGUCUUCUCUUGAAGUGCUUGCUGCUCUUUCGUUUGACGACAAGGGCUUCUUGGAGAACAUGUGUGUCGGCAAGAACGGUGUCAAGCCACAGUUCUACGAGGACUACGUCAAGGAUGUGCAAGCGAAGAUUGUGUCCAAUGCCGAGGCCGAAUUUGAAGGAUUGUGGCUGUUGAGACAAUCUACAGGGCAACCUAUCACCGAGUUGUCCGAUAAACUUUCGCAGGCGAUCAACAAGUUAGCCGACGAGUUGGCCAACUCGAAGGAAUUGUGGAACGACGAUGUUGAUUUCCGGAACGCUGUCUUGGUGGACGCUCUCCCACCAUUGUUGUUACAGAAGAUCGGCAUCAAGGACAUCUUGGCGCGUGUUCCGGAAACAUACUUGAAGGCGUUGUUCGCCACGCGGUUGGCGGCCCGGUUUGUCUACUCACGCGGUAUCGACUCCAACCCGGCCAAGUUCUUGGAGUUCAUUUCGCUGAUCAGAAAGGAGUUUGUCGCCCGCAAGCUUUUGUAG